CACUUUCCUCUUAAAACCCGAGCACACUUCGACGGGGAAAAUAUACUGGAGAGAAUUCCAAAGCCCGAGAGCAUUUCGACAGAGAAGGGGAUUGUAGCCCACCAGCAACGGAAAGGCGAGAGAUACAUAUAUUUUUUUGUAAUUUUAUUUUUGUUUCCGUUGGGGUUUUAGAAUAAAAGGCUAAGAGAAAUGGGAUAAGAAGUAACACCGACGGCUCUCUAAAGGGCUUUCGAAUUCAACGGCCUUCUCGCCUAGGGAUUCUUUUCUUGGGGUUAUUUGGGUUCUCGUCUCUGAUCGCCGGUAGAGGAGGGAGGCAGUGGGAUUCGCCGUCUUCGCCGGGAUCUUGUCGGUGAGCUCCGGAUUUCGCCUUGAUUGCGUUCGAGGGGUUUGUUUUUCCAUUCUUUUCUUCGUGUUGUUGGAGACAUGGCGGCUUCUUUGGUGGAGCGUGCCACGAGCGACGUGCUGAUCGGUCCGGAUUGGGCGAUGAACCUCGAGAUCUGUGAUAUCCUCAAUCGUGACUCUGGGCUGCCCUCUCGCCACAAAGAUUAUGUGUCAGAGCCUCAAAGAGUUAUCAAGAAGACAAGAUGUCCUAAGCUGAAAUAUAUGGAGCUGUUGGAAACAGUGAUAAAAAAUUGUGGAGACAUAGUUCAUAUGCAUGUGGCUGAGAAAGAUAUACUGCAUGAGAUGGUGAAGAUAGUGAAAAGAAAGCCAGAUUUUCAUGUCAAGGAGAAGAUUUUAGUAUUAAUAGAUACCUGGCAAGAAGCUUUUGGUGGUCCACGGGCAAGAUAUCCACAAUAUUAUGCAGCUUACCAGGAGCUGUUGCGUGCUGGAGCUGUAUUUCCUCAGAGGCCUGAGAGGUCUGCACCUAUAUUUACUCCUCCACAGACACAACCUCUGAGAUCGUAUCCACCAUCUUUGCGAAGUCCUGAUUAUCAACAAGAAGUGCCUGAGUCAUCUGUUGGAUCUGAGUUUCCUGUUUUGAGCCUGACAGAAAUUCAGAAUGCUCGUGGAAUCAUGGAUGUUCUUGCUGAAAUGCUUAAUGCUUUAGAUCCUGGAAACAGAGAGGGACUCAGGCAGGAGGUAAUUGUUGACCUUGUUGAACAGUGCCGUACUUACAAACAAAGAGUGGUACAGCUUGUGAACACAACUUCGGAUGAGGAAUUACUUGCCGAAGGACUUUCUCUGAAUGAUGACUUGCAACGUGUGCUAGCAAAGCAUGAUGCCAUUGCUGCAGGAAUUUUUGUUCGUGUGGAAAAACCCAAAUCACUUCAGGCAUUAGUAGAUGUUGAUGAUUCUGCAGUACAACCAGAUCGCAGGCCCAGUACAGUUGCAAGCACGAGUAACCAGGCUCCUCAGCAAUUAUUGUUGCCUGCACCUCCAGCAUCCAACGGUUCAGCAACUCCAGCAGCCAAAAUUGAUCCUCAUAUGGACCUUCUUAGCGGGGAGGACUACAAUACACCUAAAAGUGAGAAUCCACUGGCCCUUGUUCCUGUUGGUGAACCACUUGCACCUUCUGUUUCUGAUCAGAACCUCUUAGCUCUGGUGGACAUGUUUCCCCAAAACAACACUAACAAUAGCAAUGGCAAUCCUUCCAACUCUCUUGAUUUGCAUUCCACACUUCCAGCAUCACAAACACAUCCUGCUGCACCUCAGCUUCAGCUGCAAGCCCAACAGCCACAACAGUCUGCGCUUUAUCCAAAUGGAGGUGUCCCAGACACAGGCGUUCCACAAUAUGAGCAUCAAGGAGCUCAAUUGAACCAUGCAGGUUCUACAUGGAAUGGUCAGGUUGCUCAGGGCUUAAAUCCACAGCAGCAGACGCUAGGCUAUGAUGCAAGUGAUCAAGCUGGAGCACUCCCCCCACCACCCUGGGAAACUAAAACAGUGCAGAGUAACCAAUUGCCUAAUUUGCAGCCCCAGAUAAUGGAAAGUGGUCAGCUGGGAGGUAUGUUUCCCCAACCAACGCCAGGCAACCAGCUUGGAAGCAUGCACCCCCAAUUAUUGCCAGGUGGCCAGUUUGGAGGUUUGCAACCCCAGCCUAUGCAGACUUUGCAGAGCAGUCAGUUUGUAGGCAUCUAUCCUUCACUGAUGCAGAACAGCCAGCUUGGAGGUUUUUAUUCUCAACCAGUGCUGGGAGGACAGAUGGCAGGAAUGCACCAAAUACCCAUGCAGGGCAGUCAGCUGACACUAUAUGGAUAUGGACUGCAGCCAGGAGCCCAGUUUUAUGAUCAGAGGAGACCUAUGUACCUUUCUGCUGGUGCAAAUGAGCUCGCUCAGAGAAUGUAUGGGCUUUCUAUGCAAGGUAACAGCACAUAUAUGAACAUGACUCCCUCUUAUCAGACACCUACGUCCUCUUCUUACCAGAAGCAGUCCAGCAAGCCACCCAAGCCUGAGGAUAAGCUGUUUGGUGAUCUUGUUAAUAUGGCCAAAUCAAAGCCAAUUAAACCUUCUGCUAAUAAGAUUGGGAGCUUGUAAAAUCAGUGAGUGGGUCCUUUCUGUUUUGUUUCUUUAUAUAUUUUUUUAAUGAUUUGCUGUUCUCGCUUUGGCUCUUUCUUUUAUAUAUAUUCUUCUCUUCUGGCUCCCUAUUUGUAUGUUCUGUCUGUUGGUUUUAAUCAUGUACAUUUAAUCUAGAGAGGGAAAAUGGAAAUAGAUUGAUUAGAGAGAUUCAAGAUA